AUGCCGGUGACACAGGCGGACAGGCAAGGUAAUGAGGCAAUUCACAGCGAACGCCCUCCGAAGAUCCAUCCGGUGCUGGCACCGGCCGGGAUUUCACCGGUACGACAAGGUCUGGCGGCUGAGCGUGACAACGUGUUUCUAAACGAUGCAAAGGUUUGGGAGCCAAGGAGGGAACUACCUAAGCCUUAUGUGCCGACAGAGGAGGAAAGAAGACUCCUCAAGGAAUGUGCUGAAGAGAGUGCCCGGUAUAGAGCUUUUCCUUUGGCUGCAGUGAGCAUGCUUGCAACUAGUUUCUUAAUUAGGAAAGGUGUUCUAAGAGAUAGCUCAAGAUUUGGCUCUUUUACGAAAGUUGCGUUUGCUGGAAUGUGUGGAUACCUGGCUGGAAAGAUAUCCUACUUGCCAAUCUGUAGCGAGAAAUUUAAGAAACUGAAGGAUUCUCCAAUAGGAGAUGUUCUACGACAAGCUCAGAGACAUAGUUCACAUAACCGUUCCAGUCGGAAAUCUGAAUUUUCAGACAUGCCUUCUCAGUCAUUUACUGAAUCUCCUUCUCCCAGAGCUGGAUUCUCGCUUUCUUCUAGCUAUUCAGAUGAUUAUAGUUCAACAGAUAGAGCCCUCUCAAGUUAUGAACCCGUUCCAUUCAGUGCUUCCCUGAAUGAAUCUUCACCUACAGGAAUUACUGAUUACACUGUUCAAGAUCCUGCUCCAAUUCCAGAAGAAAGUCGUAAAAAAAAAGGCAUCACAUACGAGGAAUUAAGGAAUAAACACAGAGAGACGUAUGAGGUAAUGCUACCACCAAAGGCAGAAACUCCAAGCAAGUUCUCACAGGAAAAACCAGCUAAGGAAGUUAAAGUAAACAAAUAUGGAGAUACCUGGGAUGAGUAAGAGCUGAAUGAAGAACUGAAGAAAAUUAUCUCCUGUCAGCUAACUUGAACUUCAUCUAGAUUAGUCACGAGUAUCGGCACCUUUGGUGUGUUCUGCUAGGCACAGCUAUUAAUAAAUGAGGAGAAAAUCCUGACUUGCCAGAAGAUUAAAAAAAAAAAAAAAGUAGGCUUAAUUGUUUUUAAUUUUGCAUAAAUGGCAAGCAAGGCUAUUGUGACGUGUCAUGACCAUAAACCAUUUGUGCUAUUGUUUAAGAAUGAAAAAGGUAACUGGCAAUAACUAAUAAAUGUUUUGCUAUAAAUGUAUAGCAAAAGGUAAAAAUAUAUGUAAAUAAAUGCAAUCACAUGUAUUGGGAAGGGAAAAAUACCAGAAUCUUCUCAAAUUUUCAAGACUUGCAUUAAAAGUUACCUGUAGAACUAA